AUGGCAUUUUGGUAAUUAUGGUCAGAUAUCAAAUAGUACACAUGAGUUGGCUCUAGAAGGGAGGAGGCACCCUGUCAGCUGGGGACCCUUUGCGUGUGUGCUGAAAACAGUGCAGAUUGCCAGUCCAUGCCAAUGGCCAUCAUUCAACCACGCCCCCUCUCUUUCCUCUCCUUUUAUCACAAACCCAAUUAUAAUAAUUCAAACCAAUCACCCCUAUCUUCUCUCUCUCUCUCUCCUCUUCAAAACACUGACUAUCUAGCUAUUAACCUCUCAUUUCCAAUCUGCUGCAAUCUUCAUUUCCGUGCUGCAAUGGCUAGUACAAAAGCCACUACCACCUUCCUCUUCUUCUUAUUCACUAUUCUCCUCGGAGGUUUCUCUAUACCAGGUUUUGCAGGUGAAGAAACAGUGUCCAAUCUGCAAUGGAAUUCUAACUCACCAACAGAAAUGAAUGAGAAGAUUGAUAGUAGAGGACUUUGGAGAUGGAGGGAUAGGAAUUCAAGGAGGUUGAUGAUUGGAUCAACAGCUCCUAUUUGCACUUAUAAUGAAUGCAGAGGGUGCAAGUACAAGUGUAGAGCCGAGCAGAUUCCAGUUGAUGCAAAUGACCCUAUCAACAGUGCUUAUCACUACAGAUGUGUUUGCCACAGGUGAUUAUCAAGAGAUUAGCGUUGCACCCGCCUCGUUAUGAUGAAUUUUAGAUCCUUCAAUCCCAUUUUGAAAGUGAAGCAAGCCAAUAUAACUGCAUAUGAGAGAGAGAGAGAGAGAGAGAGAGAGAGAGAGAGAGAGAGAGAGAGAGAGAGAGGUUGUGUUUUGAUUUAGGCAAUUGUAUUCUAUAUGAGAGAAUUUUAGUCUUUCCUGCUUCUGCUUUUGUUUGUUCUCAUAUCAAUCGAAUGAAAUGUGAGUUCUAAGUUGUAAUUUGUGAAUACAUUCUAAAUAAGAACAUGUAUGGAAUAGUUGGGUUC